AUGGAAGGGAAGAACACCGCACAAGUAAUUGAAGAGAUGAGAUUUAAUAGAAAUGCUACUGCUCUCCGCCCUGGGAUUUUCGCCAUACGAUUUGUGCUCAAAGCAAUGACAAAUCCUCACGAAGAAGCUAAAACGCAGCAAAAUACUGACAAAGACCCUGCUGAAGAGCAUGCAAUCCAGCAAGCUCCUGUCAAAGCACCAACCGCCACGAAGAAACAAGGUGAACGCAAGAAGAAAAACAAACGACAAAGUGUAGAAAAAGAACAAGACGAUACCAACAGCAAAGGUUCAGAUACCAAUGAUGACGACGAUGACAGGGAACAUGAUGCAGAUUUCAUUCCUACAGACGGCGAUGAUGCCGAAGAGCAUGACAGCGACGCAGAACAUGACGACGAUAACAAAUCAGGACAGAAGGACAGAAAGAGGAGAAAGACAAGCAGAAAAGAAUUGGCAGCACCAACAGUUGACGAAGAACAACAAGAAACAAACAAAGAGAAAUGCCAAAUCAAGGCAGGGGCAGCAUUCGCUCAUGUCAAGAAAGCAUGGAAUUUACUUAAAGACCGUCACAAGCAAGAUAUUAGACCACUUGCAGCACACAUCUACGACAACCUGGACACAGAAAGCAUGACAAUCACCUUCGGUGAUGGUACCGAAGACAAGAAAAUCAAGAUUACCAAGGAAGCUAUACACAAGGUGUUUGGAUACCCAAACGGCACGGAAAAGUCAGCACAAAGGCCAGAGAAGAGCCCAACUUCAAUGAAAGAACUGAUGUCAGACCUUGGCUUCAAACAUACAAAUUUCAAGCCAAAAGAACUGUUCAGGGAGCUAAAAAUAUUUCAAGCAUACAAAUUUCAAGCAUGA